AUGGCACUCAGCCGCCAGGUCUUCAGCCUCAUGUUCCUUUGUUUCCAUGUGUUGUUACACACGUGGACCUCCGAUGCGGCCGGAUCAUGGGUCCUUCAGGACCUCAACUGCUCCACCUCUGGCAACUACAGCUCGACCAGCGCCUACGCCGCCAAUAUCAACCAGUUCCUGUCCGCGCUCCCGGAGAAUGCCGUGUCGAAGAACGGAGGCUUCUUCAACGGCACCGUUGGCGAGGGGCUGGACACCGUCUACGGCCUCGCCAUGUGCCCCGCCGACUACUCGCGUGCUGACUGCAGCGACUGCCUCGCCGCCGCUGCCGGCAGCGACGCCGAUGGCCUGCCUAGUCGCUGCCCCGGGAGUACCACCGUGAUCGCCAUGUUUGAACGAUGCCUCAUCCGCUACUCCAACGUCAGCUUCCUUGGCACACCUGAAAUAGGUGUAGCCUAUGCCAUCGACGGUAAACUCCUAAACACGGCGGCGGGGAUGUUCGCCCCCACGGUGGAGCAGAAUUUGAAUGACCGGACCGAUGAUGCGAUACUCGUGCCGCAGCGAUUCGCCUCAAACUCCAGAGCCCCCUUCGUGCUCGUGCAGUGCACGUGGGACCUGCCACCAGACAAGUGCAAGGAGUGCCUCAACGAGCUAACAAAAAUCGUGACUGACAUUACUGUCAUCAAAACAGACGGCCAGCGGAAGAGUUACAGCUGCACCGUCAGGUACAGCAACACGAGCUUCAUGGUCGUGCCCUUCACCGCUCCUGCUUCUGCACCUCCUCCGCGAUCCGUCGACGUCCCAACGGAUCUUCCUUCUCCUGCUUCGUCCAGCUCCAGCAGCCGUAGUCGAGGCUUGAUUAUCGGAGGAGUGGCUCUUCUUGCAUUGCUGGUGUUGGUGCUAAUCUGGUCCGUCCUGUCAUGGUGCAUGUUGACACGAACACGCGACUCCUUUGGGUCCGAAACUAGGCUCAAGCCGGUCGAGUACCGCGACCUAUCUAUCGCGACAAACGGGUUCUCCAAAGAGAACAAGAUCGGACAGGGUGGCUUCGGUGUGGUGUACAGGGGGGUUCUCAAGGAGAAGCCAGUGGCCGUGAAAAGGAUCCUUAAGGACUCGAAUGGAGAGUUCAAGGACUUCCUCGCGGAGUUGGGUGCCAUCGACGGGACGGGCCACUUGAACGUGGUUCGUCUUGAGGGAUGGUGUUGCAGCAUAAACAACUUCAUGUUCUGGUGGUUGCAUAGGCAGAACCUCAAGCUCUUCCUUGUCUAUGAACUUGUGAGUAACGGCAGCCUCCAGGAGCACCUGCACGAAAAGACGGAAGUUCUACCAUGGGCAACAAGGUACAAGAUAGUGUUAGGCAUAGGGUCUGCUCUUUGUUAUCUCCACCACGAGUGCAAGUCAUACAUCUUGCAUAGAGAUAUCAAACCAGCCAACAUACUCCUAGAUGAUGAAUUCAACGCCAAGCUUGGUGACUUCGGGUUAUCCAGGGUCGCCCAUAACAAUGUCGCAACAUCAGUGCAGACAAUGGCUGUUGGGACCAUGGGCUACAUGGAUCCACAGUGCAUGAAAAAUGGACAGGUUAAUUUCCGCACUAGCUCCGACGUCUACAGCUUUGGGAUCGUGCUUCUAGAGAUAGCACAUGGAGAAAACAACCCGGACCAUGUUCGACAGCUGCAAAAGGAUAAACCAGUAAAAACAUUUGUGAUGGAGGCCGCUGACAAGAAGCUAGCUGGAAAAUUUGACGAGACGCAGAUGGAGCGUAUCAUUCUCCUGGGCCUCCAGUGCUCUCAACAUGAGGAGGACAAACGACCUUCACUCAUUGGUGCAAUGAAAUUCCUAGAGAACGGCGGAGAGUUGCGCCCUGCCACACCUGAUGAACGCCACGAUACCGCUCACCUAGUUACUUUAUCAUGA